CAACAAAUUAUAGCCCAAUUAAAGAGAUCUUCAGGCAACAAAAAAAUUUAGUCAUCUCAUCCAUCCCGCAUAGAAGCCCUAUUUCUUCCGCCGAUCGCAGUUCCUUUUCUUUCUUGGCAUCUUCUCUUCUAAUUUCUACACUCGUUCCGAGAACAGGGGAUAGAUAUGCCCAAAAAAGCAAACAGGGGAUAGAUGAUGAGGGGCUUCUAUAAUGCGUACAGCCUGACAAGAGUGGAUGGCAUAAUUGUCCUGAACAACCGAUUUAUCGAUUUGUUACCGAUCUAGCCAGCAGUUUCGAUCUGUUGCUUCAAACUAAUCGAAAGCUGCGCAAAACUGCUCACCGUCUUAUCCUUUGGCAUGGAAAGAAGAGAGUUUGAGGUAAGGCUAUGGCAGGGUUUACUUCUCGUCAUCUGUGUCCUCGAAUUCAUGAUGAUCAUGGAUAUAUUUGGAUGGACAUUGGACGUGCUAUUAUUCUUUGGAGCCAAUAUAGAAAUCUGGAAGUGUACACUGACCCUCGGAUUUUUCGUUCGUGAUCCCGUGGAGGAAAAAUAUAGAUUGAUGGGAAGGGAUUUUAAGUGCACAUUGGAGCUUUUCUUUGUGGGCUUAGCUAUGGCAGUAAGCUAUAUAUUACCAUAUAACAUCGAACACGCUGCUGUAUUGGCUUGUUGGAGCUUGCAACUCUAUGGAUGGAGCAGGCUAUCAGGUUAUUAUGACUUGGGUGCUUGGGAAGUGUUUGUGACAGUACCAGUGCAGGCCUUUCUGUAUUGCUUUUUUGCGGGAAUGAUGAGCAAGGAGAUGAGCAACAAUAAUCGUCUUUUGCUCUCUGCUUUGGCACUUGGCUUCUCAGUCAGUCUUUCUAUUUACCGUUUCCGCACCUAUACCCCUCCUCAAGUCCCAGAAGAAUAUGAUGUGCAACCUGAUUGUUAACUUCUCCACCCCACCCUAUUCAUGUAGUCACUGCCUGUCUUCACGACUCUUUAAUGGAAUACUAUACUCCGCAUACCUUUUAAAAUGCAACAUUUUGAAUUUUACACUAUUCACA